GUGUGGGCAGUUCCAGCAAAGAAAUGGUUAUAGGAGGACCAGUCUUGCCUCUGUAUUGUAUUGCUGUUGUGAUGGAAGCUUUAAUGUGGCCCUUCCCCCAGUCCUCCUACACAGACCCUGACACAGAGAAAGUCUCUCGAUGCAAUGUGUAUGUGGGUGGGAAACAGCAGUGAGUGCUCGCCAACCCCAGGCAGGGAAGAACUCCUCUAAAUCAGUAAGUUAGAGACACAAAAGAAUAGUGCUGACUGGAAAAGACAGGUAGGAGCGACGCACAGAAGUGAAGGACACAAGAGAUGUGUGAGCCAGUAUAAGAGAACAAUAAGAAGCUGAUUUAAAAUAUGAUCUGAACUUGAAACUGAAAAUAAGCAGUCAAAUCCCAAGGCAUUACCAGCAGAAUCAGGAACAGGACAAUCCAAUGAAAGAGCAAACACCAAUGAAACAACUAAACUGAGGUGUCGCUUUAAAGGGGAAGAUUUUGCACGGACUCCUUGGUUAUCCUGCGGCACAUGCAGAAGAAUUCCCUAUACAUGGCAGAGAGAGGUGCAAGAGCAGAAGAACUGAAACGAGCACCCAAAGCAAGGCAAGAUUACUGCGGACCCAGUUAUCCUUCCUCGCACCUUGGGUGAGCUGCAGUUGUACCGUGUCCUGCAAAGAGCCAACUUGCUUGGUUAUUAUGACACCUUCAUCCAGCAGGGGGGAGAUGAUGUGCAGCAGCUUUGUGAGGCGGGUGAGGAUGAGUUUUUGGAAAUCAUGUCUCUGGUUGGCAUGGCAACAAAACCAUUGCAUGUCAGACGAUUACAGAAAGCCUUGAGAGAUUGGGCGACCAACCCAGGAUUGUUUAAUCAGCCUCCAUUGGGAAGUAUACCUGUCAGCAGCAGUAUACCAUUGUUCAAGAUUUCUGAGACAGGGGGACGAAUUGGUAGAAAUACUAAUGGGCACCUCAGUGUCCCUGAAGUUCAAAGCAAAAGCCCUGGAAAUGUUGUUCUUCUAGAACAAACUGAGAAAAUAUCCCCUUCCCAGCUGGAUAGGAGACAGUGGACUGCUCAGAUUUCCCCAGAGCUAGAUGAUGCAGAUGAAGAAGAAGUUGGUGAGGAAGAAAAUGGAGGUGAUCAAUAUCCCUCACCCGGGGAAAGGCUAGAAGCUGAGCUGGUCCAGGUUGUGUCCGAUAGUGUGGACAGGCUGAUGAAAGGAUUGCCGCGAGGAGAUAUCAGUGAAGCCAGAUCAAUGCUAAAGUUAAACAAGAAGUUGGGUCGUUCACUUGGACACAUUUUUCACAUGAGUAAUGGAAGUCAGAGGAAGGAGCGUGAGAUUCGCAGACACAGCGCCAUCUAUGGACGGAGUGAAUCCAAGAGACGGGAAGGAAAGAGACUUACCCUGCAUGAGCUUACAAUUAAUGAAGCAGCGGCCCAAUGCUGUAUGAGAGAUAACACCUUACUUCUACGGAGGGUGGAGCUAUUUUCACUUGCGCGGCAAGUUGCCCGUGAGAGUUCUUAUCUGGCAUCUCUUAAGUGCUCCAGACUGAAUAAUGAAGAACUUGGUGCAUCACAGCCUAAAAUCCUUAAACAAGAAGCCGUGGAGAUGCCUUUGCAGCUAGAAUCAAAAAUGCGGCACAGCUUGGAAGAAGGCAAUGGCAGUAUGUCAGGGGAGAGCAUGGACGGCACAUUGCAAGCAGUGGCAAUAAGAAUCCCCACAUCUCCCAGUGGCCCUACAGACCUCUCUAUGAACCUGUCACAUCCUGCACCAUGGAGCAGGCAAAUUCUCCAGCAGACGCUGAUGGAUGAGGGUUUACGACUGGCCAGACUGGUAUCACGUGACCGCAUGGGUCGCCUCAGUCUUUGCUUGCCUGGCACGCCACAUAUUUCAGAAUGUGAUGAUGGUGGAUCUGAAAGUUGUCCUAGCCUGCCAGUCUCACCCCAGAUCACGGAGCUAAGAACUUCCAACUUCAAAGGCCAGAAUGAAGAAAAUUAAAUGAAUUAAAGUUAUUUUGCCUCCAUGUUGCAUAGAAGACCAUAAAAAAUCUACUUUCCUUGAACUGUUCAAAACCAAUGCAGACAUGUUAUAUGAGACACAAAUGGUUCAGACAUCCUUCUAAUCAAAACCUUUCAGUCUUGGAGUGCCAAGAGUUUAGAAACUCAUAGAGCUAAGGAUUACUAUUGAAUAAUACUUCUCUUGGAACAGUAACAAUUGAUGCCAUAGAACCAAUGCAUCUGGAGUCCACUGUACAGCCUUGCCCCCUUUCCUGCGACACUAAGAGGAAGAAGAUAAUCAAGCAAUAAACUAAUCUCUGUGACCUAAUUGCAAUAUAUCAAUGGAAAUAAGCAGAUGAUAUAAAAACACUGCUCAAUGUAUUUCCUAAAAUUUCAGGGGAUAACCGCAUUGUUAUUAAGGCUUAAUUUUACCGAACAGGAAGGCAAUGGAUUGCAAUUAAGGCAAAGAACAUGCCUACAAACCAUAUGGAACGCUUAAGGUCCAUUAAAACAAUUGCACGCGACUUUAAGGCUUGGAAAAUGUCAGUCCUAUUAUUGGACUGAAUUCACUAAAGAAAGGUACAAAUUAAGUGUUAUUGAUUCAAUAUACACACAUGCCAAAAAAUGAAGAUGAAAUACAAUAUUUGUUUGAGCAAUGCAUGUAAACUAUUCAGAUGGAUUUGUGCCAAGUUAAGGCAAACUAUGUCAGGGACAUUUAAUGUAGAAUAUAUAGAGAAGCUAUCAAAAGACUUCAUUAAUAUUUUACUAGCAAGGGUGGUGGCUGUGGAAUUAGUCUAGAAUAGUAGUACCAGUAGGUAUCAGUUCAUAGCAAGAUAACUAGCAGUAGUUUCUCUUUUGGAUUAUCUCUUUUCAUAGGCCUUAGAAUCAGUAAUAUUUUUGUUCCAAGUCCAU